AUGUCAAUAGGACUUAAAACCGAAAUUUUGGGAAAUAAACAAGAAAAUAUUGAGAGGGCUAAUACCAGCUUGAAAUCAAAAAAUAUUAACUACAAAAAUUCUUAUGGACAUACUCCGCUUGCACUAGCAGUGAAAGAGGGACAUUUAGAAACUGUCUGAGAAUUAAUUAAUCAAGGCGCCGAUAUAAAUGCAACUAAUGAUGUAAACUUUAGUUCAGUAGGUAGGGCAAAGUAUUCUAUUUCUUGCUUGUUGGCAUAAUCGGGAGAAUCUUGCAAAAUUGCUUAUAGAUAAAAAUGCUAAAAUUGAUUUAGCAGACAAUAGAGGUUGAACGCCUUUGACAAUUAGUGUUUAUCAUAACUACACUAAUAUUAUCGAAAUUUUAUUGAAUGCUGGCUGCAAUGUUGAAUAUAAGGAUUGUGUAAAAAUUAUAUAGUUUGGAAAAACGCCUGCUGAAAGAGCAAAAAAUAUUGAUACAGUUAUUCUAUUGCAAAAGGCAGCGGAAUCAAGAAAAAAUAAACGGUGAAAUUUAGCCUCUUCAGCAAAAAAUCCUACAGAAAAUUUAUCAACAAGCCUUGAUUCAAAAUAUAAAGAAAUUCUGGCUGGAAUUCCUAUUAAAUCAAGCCAUAGCCGGCAUAUUAGUGAAGCCUUGAUAUCUAUACAAUCAGAGCCUUCUUUUAAAUCUUUUUCACGAAACACAACCCCAAAUAGGCUGAAAACAAAUUUAAGCACAAUUUCUGAAUCUGUUAAGCCUGAUUUUAGAAGAAAAAUAAAAGAAGGAAUGGAAAAUUACAUAAAUAGCUCUGCCCGUAAAUUUGAAGAAAAAUUUAAAAAUGAUUGAUUUAAAAAAAUGGGACAGACUUUGAAUGAGCAUCUAAAAAAUACCAAAAUAUCUUUAGAAAAAGAAGCUGAAAAUCUUUUGAAUAAAAUAUGAAAAGAUACAUCCAUUAAAUCAAAAGAAAUUAUACCAAAAUUAAACUCUCAAAAGAAAAAUGAGCCUCAUUGCAGAAAUAAAAUAAAAAAAAUUAGAUCAUAUAGUGAAGGAAAUAUUAAAAUUGAAAAUUCAGUUUAUAUACAAACAGAAUCAAUAAAUGAUGUUGCAAGCCAAAUACUUAGACAUGCUGAGCGUCAGUAUAUGAAAAUUCAAGAGAAAGCCAAAAAAGCAAGCCUUUCAAAAAUAGCAAAAGAAAUAAACACUAAAGUUUCAGAAAGCAAGCAUAUCAUAAUUUUGAAUUUUCAAGAUACUUUAACUAAUGUAGAAGCAAGUCUGAAAAGCCAUAUAGAGAAUACCUUGAAUAACAAGUUAGAGGAAAUUUCUUAUCAAAAUUUUUCAUUUUCUAAUCGAUACAUUGAGCCUGUACCAAAGAAAGAUGAAGAUUAUUCAUUUAUUGAUGAUAUUAUUAAAGACAAUCCAAUGGAAAAUGAUAUAUUUCAAAAGAAAAUUGCUGGUUCUGGUGAGCGAAAUGACUUAAGCCAAGAUAGUGCCUUUGAUUAUAUUGAAAGCAUAACUAAAAAUUAUGAGCAAUAUAGAAGUCCUCAGGCAAUACCCUCUAAAAGCAAUCUUAAACCCAGAAAAGUUGAUAACUUAGCUAAGGAGCAAUCAUAUCUUAGAGAAAUGAAUCUAAAAUAG